CUUCCGGCGCGCAGCAGGCGGCCAUGUUGGAGCAGCGGAGGCGGCGCAGAGGUGCGUCUUGGGUCCCCGCGGCGGCGCCGGUGCCCAGUGCUGGUUUGUGGAUCCCCAGGCAGACCUGCAGUGCCCAAUGCCAUGAGCACGGUGGUGCAGCCUGUGGAGGAGAAAGCUGUACACUCAUGGUCCCGGAUCUCCACGGCAGGGAAGAAAGCCCUGGAAGAGGCCCUGCUUGUCUUUAACCCCAUGAGCCAGGAUCUCAGAGCCACAGAGGCCCAGCUCGUGGCCUUCCUCCAGGGUCUGCGGGAUGAUGGCUUCCAACCGACCAUUCUUCGGAGUGGGGAUGUCUAUGGUUAUAGUUCAUGCACAGCCAGCCCCCCCAGCCAGACAAAGCUACAAGCCCGUACCAUCAACCCACCUGCCACAACACUUCCUGCCAAGGCUCCCCAAACGGCUGUGUCAGUCCCUGCAGGCCGGGCCACCUUGCUCCCUGUGCCACUGUCUGGCAGGCUGGCCAAAGGGUCCACUCCAGCCCUUGCCAAGCACGCUACCACUAACCUGCUGCUGAGCUCCCUGAAGCAGUCAAAUGCUGGCAACACCAGUGGCACCACAGUAGGCUUCCCUGCCCACCUCUAUCCAGGUGUCUACCCUGCCAUGCGGCUCUCUGUGGUCCUCGAAGCACUGGUCCCACUCAAGACUCCCUGCUUGGAUGUUAAGCACAGGGCACGGUCGUUGCAGCUGUCACUUGCAAAAUCUCCCCUGAAACUGAAGAAGGGUUCAGGGAACCCACAAUCCAAAGCACCCCGAAGAAUCACAAGCAAGGGCCUCAAAUAUCUGACUAGCAAAGGCCCUGGGGCUGGUCUCCGAAAAGGUGCCGUAACCCAGAGCAAUGGCGCCCGAAAGAAAAAGUGCUCUGCCUUGGGCACUAAAACUGUCCAGGCCAAGGCAUCCCGAACCCUGACCAAAGCUGCUCGUGCUCAUGCCAGUGUGGCUCGAACCCAGACCAAGACAGGAAGGGUCAGGGCCAAAGCGAAACUGGCCAAGCCCAGGGCAUCCAGAGCCAAAGUCAAGGCCGCUGUGGUGAGGGACAAGGCCAAAGCAGCUCACACCAAGCACAGGGGAAGGCCAAAGGGAUCGGUUCAGACCGGAACUGGAAGGGCAAGCCCGAAGAACGGCUCUGAGGCUGUGGGACAGAAGAGGAAGAAGGCAGAGGAGAGCAAGGGUCUUCCUCCUAGGAAGAGGGCACGGCGCGUGCUUCGACCUCCUAAGGUGGGCCUGGGUCCUGGAACAGCAAAAUCUCGAAAGUUCCAGACCAUAAAGGUGGACAGGAAGUGCUCAGAUGAUGAGGUCCGACAGUAUGCGCAACAGAUCCUCCGUGUGAAUCUCUCUCCUUUGGUGUGGCUCCAGCCAUUGCUACCGUUUUGAUUCCACACCCAACAUCCUGAGUCCUUGCAGCAGUACUUGGGAAAACAGUUGAGCUGUCUGUGUGGCCAGCAGCAGUGUGCAGUGCUCAUGGACUCUGGGCACCUCCGGGACCCCUGUGGUCACCGGCAUCCUUUCGGAGACUGAAGGUUUGGGUGGGGUGGGUUGUGGGAGGGGCGUUCUCAUGGCUCAAUGCACUGUGACUUGUUCUUCAAAUUGUAUGUCCACCGUUCGUCUAUCAUGUUUUAUAUCUUUCCACCUUCCAGUCUCCCUGCUCACCCUCCAUGGUCUUAUUUAUUGAUUUUCUUGGUGUUUGGGAGCUAGUGGCAAGAAGCUAUCAAAAGUCUAGGAGCAGGCUUAGAGAGAGUGCCCUGGUAGCUUGCAGGUCAUUAAUUUAAAUGGUAGGGUGACAUUGAAGGAAUGACGCUCUCAGGCUUCUGGAGAGAUGUGGGGAAAUUCAGGUGCUGGUUUCUGUGAAUGUGUUGAGAGAGAGCCCGAGGGGAGGGGCCGCUACCUCUCCUUGAGUGUCCCAGUUUUGAACCAGAUGGGCCCCAUUCAAAAUUGUUUGCAACUCAGUGGGAAAUCAAGCACCAAGCAGGUUUUUAAGCCAGGGAAAGAAGUCUUUGUGGCACUGCUCUCUAGAGGCCGAGCUUUAAGGUUUUGCCUGGGCUUCUCUUGGAGGAGGAAACAUGCCUAAAAGUCUUGAAGUGCCGCUUUUCUGCUUAAAGUGACUAGCUUCAAUUUUCCCAGUUGGUGACAAGAAGUUAGGCUUUGAAUCUGAAUCACAAAACCUUGUUUACUGUCCAAAGAAUUUUCUCUGUGAUAACUGGUGAUGGAACCAAGGAGGCUUCUACCUGUACCUCAGCAGUGCUUUCUGAUUGAGUUCUACAAGUGCCAUCUUACUCUGGGCUCCAGGUCCCCUAACAUGACCUGUGUGCAUUGGACGUUGUUGGUAGCUUUGCUUUGGAGAAACUGGGUCCUCAGAAGCAGCUACUCAGGCCAGAAGGUGCUGCCUAGGGAGAGAAUGUGUAAUCCUUGUACUUGGGAAUUUGAGUAUGAGUUUGAAUCAGUAUCAGCUACAUAGCGAGACCCUCUCUGCCUGUAUUUUUGUUUGUUUGUGUUUGUUUUUUGAGACAGGGUUUCUCUGUGUAGCCCUGGCUGUCCUGGAACUUAACUUUGUAGUCCAGACUGGCCUCAAACUCGGAAAUAUGCCUGCCUCUGCUUCCCAUGCGCUGGGAUUAAAGGCAUGGGCCACCAGACCAAGCUAGGGGAAUGAACGGCUUACUAGUUAAGAGGAUUUAACUGCUUUCCCAGAAGACCCUUUUGUGGCUCCCACAAAAGGCAGCUCACAAACGCCUGUAUCCAUCUCCAGGGAGCUCACAUUCUCUGAUGACUUCUGUGAUCACAGGCAGACACAAACACAUACAAAUAAAUCUUUUAAAAAAAGACUAAUAGCACAA